AUGGCCCCAAAAACGAUCAUUGCCCCCUCCAUCCUGGCGGCCGACUUUGCCGAGCUGGGCCCGGCGUGCGCGAAGACGAUGAAGCAAGGCGCAGACUGGUUGCACGUUGACAUCAUGGACGGCCACUUUGUGCCCAAUAUCACGUUCGGGCCCGCUGUCGUCGCCAAGAUCCGCAAAUACGUCGACCAGCCCGCCGAGAGCUUCGCGGGGGGCACGUUUGACUGCCACAUGAUGAUUGCAGAGCCCAAGAAGUGGGUGAAGGACAUGAAGAGCGCCGGCUGCGAUCUGUACUGCUUCCACUACGAGGCUGCCUUCUCCAGCGCAGCCGAGAGUCCCGAGGAGCAGACCGAGGAGAAGACAGAUCCCAAGGCCCUGUUACGGUAUAUCCACGACCAGGGGAUGUUGGCGGGCAUUGCGAUCAAGCCCGACACGCCCGUGGAUGUUCUCUGGGACAUUCUUGAGAGCUCGGACGAGAAGGAAAGGCCAGAUAUGGUCCUCGUCAUGACAGUGCACCCGGGCUUUGGUGGACAGAAAUUCAUGGCGUCCGAGCUGCCCAAGGUGCAGGCACUGAGAGCCAAGUACCCCGAGCUGAACAUUGAGGUGGACGGAGGCCUCGGAGUCGGCACCAUUGACCAGGCGGCCGAUGCUGGGGCCAAUGUCAUUGUUGCGGGCAGCGCUGUGUUUGGAGCCAAAGAUCCCUCCGAGGUCAUUUCUGUGCUGCGCAAGGCCGUUGAUGACAGAGCUGGCAAGCUGUAG